AUGCGUUGGCUAAGACUAGACAAGCCCUCAAGGAGGAGGCCGAGGCCUCGGACCCCCCUAAGAUCAAAGUGUCCACAGACGAUACCCCUAGGACUGCAAGGCCUAUGGUCGAGGGCCCCGGCGACCUUUUCUCUAGACACGAGGCUGAGGACGACUCCACGUUGGGAAUCUCCAAUGAGGAAUAUGAGGAAAAAACCCUCGCCAGUGGCGGUUGUGAGGUCAACAAGGAAGCUGGUGGGGGAAACCAGCAUGAACAUGGUCUUGGUGCUACCGUCCGAGUUUUCAACCCCAAGACGCCAGACCAACGGCCUGGAUAAUGACGUGGUCGAGGAGCAGCUUCAUCAAAGGCCAAAAACAAAGGAAGAGUUGUUGGCCGUGGCUUUUAACGAGGUAAUACCCAGAGACGAGCCAAACAAAUACCGACACCUCAAGCCGUUGUACAUCUCGGCUUAUGUAGAGGGUGUGCCCGUGUCCAAAGUCUUCGUUGACUGUGGGGCGACGGUCAACAUCCUUCCCUAUUCCCUGAUGAAGAAGCUGGAUAAGUCAAAGGAGGACCUCAUCCCCAGAGACGUGGUCAUGAGCAGCUUUGUCGGCGAUAAAUCUAAGACCAUCGGGGUAUUGCUGUUAAAAAUCACUGUGGCCGACCAGACAAGAGUCGCGGCCUUCUACGUAGUCGAAUCCAGCAUGGACUACAAUAUAUUGCUCGGUCGUGACUGGAUCCAUCAGUCCGGAUGCAUACCGUCCUCCCUCUUCCAACUGUUGUUCUUCUAG